UUUUAAGUACCUGCGUUUUGCAGACUUGCUACAAAAAGAAACUUUGAGAUCAUCAGAAGGACAGUGGAUUGACGAAAAUAUUGAAUAGUAAAGGGCCACAAUGCAAUCCUUGCGGUACCCCAGAACUAAUCCGAGAAAAAGCUAUUUCUCUUGGUCAAGAUAUGAUUUUUAUCAUAGAUAUUUUAUUUGGGCAGAAAAUUUUCCAGGAAUAAUCUUCAGGAAAUUGAAGAAAAUCAUUUAGGCAUAUUCUAAACGCAGUGAUGCAUGUAAAUUCGUCGUAGCCUUUUCAUUUAGAGUGCAAUUUGGAAUCUGUAUGAGAAAUUGGACUUUAUUUGCUGACUGUUCCUCGUUUUAUAAUCUACAUUAGAUACAUUUGCAUUCUGUGACAAAGGGGGCUCCUGUAGAAUGAAGUUAUCGAUAAGAUUGCAAACCGGAGAAGCUUGUUUUCUUAAAAUUUUUCAACUUAAUUGCAACCAUGACAUUUAUAGACUUCUUUAAUGGCAUUAAUAAGGCUUGGGCUUCGUCUCUUCUACAGCAAUCAAGAAAAAGAAGCAGCCAUAAAUAUGUUUUAUAAACGAUUUGCACCAAGAAAACAUCUUACUAGGAUGCUGCAUUCGAAACAAGUUGUCCUUACACAGAAUAUUUUCGACUGUCCUCUAGACAUACAUAUGUAUAAAAAAAGGAGUAGAUAUUUCGAACAUUUCGCCAACAGAGUUUUCUCUUAUGUUCGCUGUUUUGGGCUGCAGCCUAUGGAGGUGGACACUACAACGUUACUCCAGAAUUGUCCUUUCCAGCUCAUCGACACUACAUUGGGAAAUUUGCAUUCAGAUAAUGACGUAUUUCCUAGGAAGAACGAAGACAUCAGUUUCUUUUUUGCUUUUUAUUGUAUUUUUUUUGAAAUUUCAUGUGUUUUGUUUUUUACUGCAUAA